CGAAGGCCGGCCGGCCGCACACAGCGACGCGGUGGCCGCAGUGGACGCCCGAGCCUCCAGGUAGAGACUAGCUAGCUCGCUAGCUAGCUAAUCUACUACCAGGCCGGAGCUUGUCCAUUGCUGGCACACACCAUCAUCAGCUGCCUCGAGCAAGCGAUCGACCGGAUUCGGAUCAUGAACCGGAUGGAAUUGGAAAUGCGGUGACGACAACGAUCGAUCGACCUGCUGUGCCUAGCUCGAUCUCUACCUCUAAUUAAUUAAGGAAAAGCAAAGGAGAGAGCAGCUAGCGGGCCGCGGUCGGUGUCAAGUUCUCCGUUCUCGGGGGGCCGUAUAGAUGACGCUUGGCGCCGCGGCCGACGACAUGGAGGCCGCCGGCGGUGAGCGCAUCAGCGGGAGGCGCGCGCGGUUCACGGAGGACUGGUGCUGCUGCGCCUGCGCGGGGCUCUUCCUGGGUCCCAACCCGAUGAUGGCGCGCUACAUGUACGCGCUCAUCUUCCUCGUCACCAACCUCCUCGCCUGGACCCUCCGCGACUACGGCGACUCCGCGCUCGCCGAGCUCCAGCGGCUCAAGGUGUGCCAGGGCGCGCGCUACUGCCUGGGCGCGGAGGGCGUGCUGCGGGUCAGCCUCGGCUGCUUCCUCUUCUUCUUCGUCAUGUUCCUGUCCACCGUGAACACGCGGAAGGUGCACGAGUGCCGCAACUCGUGGCACUCCGAGUGGUGGCCGGUCAAGCUCGUCCUCUGGCUCGGCCUCACCGUCGUCACCUUCCUCGCGCCGUCGCCGCUCGUCCAGCUCUACGGGAAAGUGGCGCAUUUCGGAGCAGGGGCGUUCCUGGUGAUCCAGCUCAUCAGCGUCACCAGGUUCAUCAUGUGGCUCAACGACUGGUGCCGGUCAGAGAUCAGCCAGAAGAGAUGCCACUUGCAGAUUCAGGUGGUGUCCAUCGUCACGUACGUGGGGUCGCUGCUGGGGAUCGUGCUCAUGUACGUGUGGUACGCGCCCAGCCUGUCCUGCAAGCUCAACAUCCUCUUCAUCACCGUCACGCUGGUGCUCGUGCAGCUCAUGACCUUCGUCUCCAUGAGCUCCAAGGUGAAGGCAGGGUACCUGGCGCCGGGGCUGAUGGGGAUCUACGUCGUGUUCCUGUGCUGGUCAGCGAUCAGAAGUGAGCCGCACACGGAGGUUUGCAACAAGAAGGCAGAAGUUGCCACGAGCGCAGACUGGGUGAACAUCGCGAGCUUUGUGAUCGCCGUCAUCGUCAUCGUGGCGGCGACCUUCUCGACGGGAAUCGACUCCAAGUGCCUCCAGUUCAAGCAGGCGGAGGGGGAGUCGGAGGAGGACGACAUCCCCUACGGCUUCGGCUUCUUCCACCUGGUGUUCGCCAUGGGCGCCAUGUACUUCGCCAUGAUCUUCGUCGGCUGGAACGCGAGCCACACCAUGGAAAGGUGGACGAUCGACGUCGGUUGGGCGAGCACGUGGGUUCGUAUCGGCAACGAGUGGCUGGCAGCACUCGUAUACAUAUGGAUGAUGAUCGCGCCCGUAAUCUGGAAGACAAGGCAGGUGGGAUCGUCGGCGGAGACGGAGACAUGAGCAGAUUUCACUGAUUCUGACGGCGUGAUGACAGCCAGCAAUUUAUAUAUAUAUACAAACGCAAAACAAAUGAAAGGGAAGGGGAAACGGCAAGAGGUGGUGCGUGCUAUGAAUUGCAUGUAUGCAUCGCCGGCAAAUUCGCAUUCCUGGAUGUUCGUUGGUCAAUGAGGAUGAUGCACUGCUGCUCGAUCGGGUAGUUUUUGCUAAGCCAAGACAAGGCAAGAAGGAAGAGGCAACUAGGGAGUACUAUAUAUGCUACCACUAAUCCACCGUGAAGCUCGGUUGAGGAAGCUCAUCAUCGAUCUCGCUGUACUAAAUUAACUAUCUGAAAAGCAUAGAGCUUGUUUGUUUGGGAACCUGACAAAGCUGUCUAGUCCGAGCAAUAAUGCAAAUCCGGGCUCCUUGAGGUUUGGGAUUGCUGCUCUGCUCGGCUGCAGCUGUUUGGACAGGUCACCAUCCGAUCACUCCUAUAAUCUUUUUCGAAAGGGCAGAACACUCUUAUACUCUUUUGCACUCUCAUAA